AGGAGGGUCAUUACAAAAGCUACAGUUAUUAUCAAUAUUUGAUAAUGCAUUAUUGACCCGAACAACAAUCUCAUGACGUAAGAGCGUCGGGGAGACGUCACAGCCGCGCGCAAAUAGGAUUCCCUGAGAGGGAGAGAGAGGGAGAGAGAGAGAGAGAAAAGAAAAGAAGCCCUCGCGCCUAAGAGGAUUGACGUUUCUAUAUGUGUCUCUGUGGUGACUUGUCGCGUGCGCUGUGGGUCUAGAGUCGCGGUGGAAGUCUCCCAGGUUGAAUCGGAAGUGAACAGGAGGAAGAUGAGCAGAGGGAUCGACUACAGCGCCUGGGAUCACAUCUAUGUGUCCGACGAUGAAGAAGCCACCAGUCCUUUCGUGGACACCCCGAGCUUGUUCCGAAUGAGACACCGGUCCCGGCUGGAGAAAAUGGCAGCAUUCCAGCAGAGAGGAGAAGAUCUGCAAACUAACUUUGCAGAAUGCCAAAGGCUCCUAGAAGAAACCCAGAGACGUCUCCGAUACCUGCAGGACGGAAUGAAGGAUCGAGAGGCAGACGAGGAGAAAGAGGCUGAGCUGAAGAAAGUCCAGUCUGAGGUGGAGAAACUGAAACAGGAUGAAAAGUCAUUUCAGUUACUGAUGGAGGACCAUCAGCGAGAGGAAAAGAAACUGCCCUGGAAUGUCGACACCAUCAGCAAAGAAGGUUUCAGCAAGAGUGUAUUCAACAUCAACUCUUCAAGGAAACAGGAAACACUGGAAGAAAAAGUGGAGAAGCACAAAACUUUUGUGGAGAAGUAUGCAGAGGAAAUCAAGCAUUUUGGUAUGUUGCGGCGUUGGGAUGACAGUCAGAAAUAUCUAUCUGACCACCCACACUUGGUGUGUGAAGAGACAGCGAAUUACCUUGUUGUCAUCUGUAUUGAUUAUGAGAUAGAUGAGAAACAUGCACUCAUGGAGCAGAUUGCCCACCAGGCUAUUGUCAUGCAGUUCAUUUUGGAUUUAGCCCGAACGCUCAGUAUUGACCCAAGAGGCUGUUUCAGGCAGUUUUUCUCCAAAAUCAAGACUGCAGAUAAGCCAUAUCAGGAUGCCUUCAAUCAUGAACUGGAGCUGCUGAAGGAACGGAUCUGCAAAUGUGCACAGCUUCGUAUGGAUGGUGCAAUGAAAGAGCUGGAAGAAGAGGAGAAGCAAACAAGACUUGGUCCAGGGGGGUUAGACCCGGUGGAAGUCUAUGAAUCCCUACCAAAGGAAAUACAAAGAAGCUUUGAUGAGAAAAACAUUCAGAUGCUGCAGGAAGCUAUGAACAGGAUGGACCCGGAGGAAGGCAGAUACCAUAUAAGGAGGUGCAUUGACUCUGGAUUGUGGGUCCCUGAUGCAAGAGAGGAUGAGGAGGAGGAGUACGAGGAGGAAGAGGGGGAAGAUUAAAUAAAUGGAGUAAAAGCUUAACUUACAGUACCAAUAGAUAUUUUUAGCUACUCAAAAUGUAUUAUCAAAGAUUAUUUGUCGUCUACAACAGGUUUGCAAAUAAUUGUUAGUAUGUUCCUUUUUGCAAAAUAUAUGUAUAUGUCAACUAAUAAAUCCCUUUUUUAAAAGGAA